GGGAAGUUCCAAAGCUCUGUCAACGUCAAAGUGAAAAACUCUCUCUCCAUUUUCAUUUUCUCUCUCUAAAAUUGUCUGGCUGUGGACAAGCUCUGGCCGCCGCAUGGCGCCGAAACAAAGAAGACGGUCGGGGCGAUCGACUCCACUCUGUGAAUCGGAUGACAGUCAACUCGCCGAGUCGGAGAAGAUGGAAGACGGCACUGGAAGCUGGGACGACAUCGAUUGGAGCAAAUUCGAACCUUUUUCGAGGUCUGUUCCCGAAACGGUUGCAGAUAUUCUUCUUGAAGCCGAGCACGUCAUUGUAGAGGGAUAUGGCAUUUUUCUUGUUAAUACCAAUGAGGGAGGUACCUUGUUUGUGACCAAUUUUCGUCUUCUUUUUCUGAGUGAAGGAUCGAGGGAUGUUAUUGUGUUUGGCACUAUACCAUUGGCUACAAUUGAGAAGUUCAAUAAAAUGGCUAUGAAACUUCCAUCAGCACCACGACUGUCAGAGAGGACUCCUUCACUAAGGCUUCUCCAGGUCAUAGGCAAGGAUAUGAGAGUUAUUGUCUUUGGCUUUCGGCCUCAAACAAAGCAGAGGCGUGCUGUAUUUGAUGCAUUGGUGGGAUGUACACGGCCAACAAGACUCCGGGAUCUCUAUGCUUUUGCUUCUGGCACUAGAUUUAAUGACACUAACCCUAAGAUGCGAUUAUUAGAUGAGUACUCUCGGCUUCUGGGAAUGGGUUUUUAUCAUGCAUCAACUACUGCUGUUGAAGAUGGAUCUUUCACUAUAUCUAAUGAGUGGUGGAGAAUAAGUGGUAUAAACUCGAACUACAAAAUGUGCCCAACUUAUCCAUUUGCCUUGCUCAUUCCAAAAUGCAUUAGUGAUGAAGAUGUGCUCCAGUCCUCCACAUUUCGCGCACGUUCUCGGUUUCCUGUCAUCUCAUGGUGUCAUCCAGGAACUGGUGCUGUUAUUGCAAGGUCAUCCCAACCAUUAAUUGGUUUAAUGAUGAAUAUGAGAAGCAAUGCAGAUGAACGCCUGGUUGGUGCACUUUGCACCGAACUUGCUGGUGAAAAGCAGCCUCGGAGGAAGCUAUAUAUUGCUGAUGCAAGACCUCGAAAAAAUGCCCUAGCAAAUGGAGCAAUGGGAGGGGGAUCUGAGUCAUCAUCCAACUAUUUUCAAUCUGAGGUAGUUUUCUUCGGAAUAGAAAAUAUACAUGCUGUGAGGGAUAGUCUCUCUCGGCUUAGAGACUAUUUAGACACUCAUGGUACCACUUCAUCUGAUGGAAUUUCAUCAUUCUUGAGACAUGGUGGAUGGACUUGGGGUGGUGGUAAUCUCAGCAGCAUGUCUGCUUCUGUAUCAACCCUGGGAGAUAGCAGUUGGCUAACGCAUGUGCACAGUGUCUUAGCUGGUUCUGCUUGGAUUGCAGCUCGUGUUGAAUUGGAAUCAGCAACAGUGCUUGUCCAUUGCAGUGAUGGAUGGGACAGAACAACUCAGUUGGUAUCACUUGCUAGUUUGUUGCUAGAUCCAUAUUACAGGACUUUUAAGGGGUUUCAGGCACUAGUGGAAAAAGAUUGGCUUGCAUUCGGUCAUCCAUUUGCUGAUCGCUUUGGAAUGCCAACUAUAUCUGGAAGGGAUAAUGUUCUUUCCGAAAUGACUAGGCAGUCUUCAACAGGGAGUUUUGCAUCGCAGCCAAUGCGCCAGGCAUCAGGAUCAUUCACAUCCCAAGCUCAAAACUCCUCAUCCAUGCAAACUUCACCUCACUACUCUCCCAUAUUUUUGCAGUGGGUUGAUUGUGUUUCUCAGCUGUUGCGGAUGUAUCCUUUUGCCUUUGAGUUCUCCUCAGCUUUUCUGGUAGAUUUCUUGGACUCUGUGCUUUCUUGUCGUUUUGGAAACUUCUUGUGUAACAGUGAGAAGGAAAGACAGGAAUCUGGCAUCUUUGACUCUUGUGGGUGCUUGUGGGAGUAUCUAGCUGAGUUGAGGGCUUCAGAGGGAAGUUCUCAUGUGCACUAUAACCUCUUUUAUGAUCCAUCAAAACACAAAGGACCAGUAUUGCCACCAGCAGCAGCUUUAGCCCCAACUCUAUUGCCCCGGUUUCAUCUGCGGUGGGCUUGCCCUUCAGAAGCUCUAGUGGGAGAGGUUGAAGCUCAAUGUAGGAGCAUGGCAAAAAGAAUUUCUGAACUACAGAAGGAAAAAGGAGGAGCUGAACAGAAAGCUAAAAAUAUUGCUUCCACCGUGGAGUCCUUGACUGCAGCCUUGCAAAAUGAGAAACAAAUCAGCAGCUCAGCGAUGAAUUUUGCAAGAAGGGCCAGCAAGGAAAGUGCAGCAAUAAAGCGAGCAGUACAGUCUCUAGGGUGCAAGGUUCGCUUCUCUGACAAUGGCAAUUGUAUUGUUGACGUCGAGGGCAAGCAAAUGGAGACUGGGCAAAGUAAUACACAUUCUCCCUUGAAAAGAGAAUCUGAUCAAACCACAUCAAAUGAUGAGGAAACAGAUCUUGGUGUUUCUUCAACUUUUAUGCCAGAGGAUGCUGAUUCCAUCCAUCCAGCCAGUUGGGCUUGUGAAUCUUUAUGCCCAUUACGCAGCCGAGAUGGAGUGUGUAGGUGGCCUGACGCUGGUUGUGCUCAAUUGGGAAGUCAAUUUAUUGGACUAACGGCAAAUUUCGAUGCAUUUGACCAUCUAUCCAUACAUGAUAGUUAUUUUCCACCCUAGUGGAAACUUGAAAUUCUGACCCAAGUUAUCAACAGUGACUUUUGGUCAUCAUAUACAGCUGAGCUUUCUUCCUAAGGAAGGAACCAAAAGAAUUUUGUAGCAAGCUUUUGCCGGUAUAGAGAUUCUUCGGAUCAAAUAGUACAUAAAGAGAAUGCAUCAAAAUGGGCCCAUGAUUCAACAUGGGUCUCAAAACUGUAUUUACCGAGCAGAUUGAUUGUAGAGUUAGUUCUGGAAAGCUGCAUUUGACCAUCAUAGUUUUGCGGGCAUUGCUGAUGAGCUAAACUGGAAAGCUGGUUCGUGGGCUGAUGGGUAUUCUAGUGCACAAAAGUCCUAUACAUUUUCUUCAUAUGGGGUUUCUUCUAUACAAUGGCACAGAUAUUCAUCCCCAGAAUAAGAGUAGGCAGUGUACAAAUUGACAGGUUACUACUGUCACUAUGAACAAAAAUUCAAGUGGGAUAGAACCAUGAGAGAUUUGAAAGUGUAGUUUUGGACUUUGUGGUUGUUCUUUCAUGUAUAUGCUCUGAGAUUGUAGAUUGUUUCCUCUUCAGUACA